AUGGGCGAGUACAGGCCCAUGGACGUGGUUGCCAAAGCAAUAAGCCAAACACCUACAGGCUAUGACUCUUGGCUCUUGGAGGAGGUGAAUCAGACCCACCCAACGGAAUAUGUAUUUGUUUUCUUGAUCCUGGAACCAGACAAGCAAGAAGCUCUGAUUGAAAGCUUAUGUGAAAAGCUAGUCAAAUUUCGGGAAGGUGAACAACCAUAUCUGAGGCUGCAGUUGCUCAGCAACCUUUUUCACGGGAUGGAUAAGAACACUCCUGUAAGAUACACCGUGUACUGUAGCCUCAUUAAAGUGGCAGCAUCUUGUGGAGCCAUCCAGUACAUCCCAACUGAGCUGGAUAAGGUUAGAAAAUGGAUUUCUGACUGGAACCUCACCACCGAGAAAAAGCACACUCUUUUAAGGCUACUUUAUGAGGCACUUGUGGAUUCUAAGAAAAGUGAUGCUGCUUCAAAGGUCAUGGUAGAAUUGCUGGGCAGUUACACGGAGGAUAAUGCUUCUCAGGCUAGAGUUGAUGGCCACAGGUGUAUUGUUCCAGCACUGAAAGAUCCAAAUGCAUUCCUCUUUGACCACCUUCUAACUUUAAAACCAGUGAAGUUUUUGGAAGGCGAACUCAUUCAUGAUCUUUUAACCAUUUUUGUGAGUGCUAAAUUGGCAUCAUAUGUCAAGUUUUAUCAGAAUAAUAAAGACUUCAUUGAUUCACUUGGCCUACUGCAUGACCAAAAUAUGGCAAAAAUGAGACUACUUACUUUUAUGGGAAUGGCAGUGGGAAACAAAGAACUUUCUUUUGACACAAUGCAGCAAGAACUUCAGAUUGGAGCAGUUGGCCAGCUCCUUGGACCAGCCGUGCUCCUCCAGGAGGCUCAGGAGGUGUGGGUAGAAGUCCUGCUUCUCAUUGUUAUAGGUCACAGCUGCUAUCAGCAGGCACAGGAUGAGCUUGGUAUGGUCCUGGAAAAAGUUGAUCUGUACUCAACCAUUGCAGAGGUUCAGGAUGAUGGCACUGUGCAUGCGGAACCAGGUACUCAGUACUUCCUGAAUAAAGUACAAUUACUCAGUCUAAUGGUCAGUGACCUCUACAAUAAUAUUCCAAAUCAGUUUCCAUAUUUAGACCCCAUAACACUUCAACACAGACAUUUUACUGCAGCCAAGCUUGACUAA